GUAAGAAUCGUCGGGAAAAAAGGUCCAGCGAGAUUCGGUUUAACGCGACUGUCUAUGGAAAAACAUCUGGCAAAUUAUCGCACGCGACUUCAAUAGGCAUUCCAGAGAAGAGUGGUGCGCGCAACAACAGAAGACGUCAAGUGAGCGACGGUGCCAGUAGGGAGAGGAGCGAGAGAUCGGAAAGGGAAUCGGAGGCUGCGGUAUCGGCUAGACAAGAGGACCGGGAGAACAAGGGUCCGCCUAGUGGAAGACCGGGUAACCGUACUGCCAGGGCUGUCCUAGAGGAAGCGAAUAACGCUUCCGGAAGUGCGUCCAAGCUUCGACGUCGUGGGGUCGUCAAGAGUCCCGUAGAGAGUCUUCCGCAGAGGACUGUCAGGAGACGACCCAGGCCGGGGAACGAGGUCAAGGAAGGCUCGAGGAGCGUCAGAGAGGAUUCCGAGCAGGAGGAUCAACCUGGUGAAAAGUCCGAUAAGGAGGAACGUCUUGAGAGCCGAUCCGAGGAGGAGGAGGACGAAGAGGAGGAAGAGGAUUGUGAUCCUUUGAUAAAGAGGCUCAAGACCACCGGUCACAGGAAGACCAGAGCCGAAAGAAAGAGUAGGGAGAACGAGGUCGAGGAAGCUAUCGAUGAGGAGGUGCCUGCGAGUAAUGUAGAUCCCGAGGAUACGCCGAAGGACGAGCCUGAGGAGGACGAGGAGAGCGAGUCCAGGGAACGUGACAGGGAGCCAGAACCACCACCUCCUAACAAGGUCGAUCCUGGAGGUCCGAAGGAGUCGUCCCAGGAUCCGGUUGAAGGGAAGUCCGAGGAGGCGCACGGUCAGGAGGAAUCUGUACCGGAAGUGGUUGUGCAGAAGAGCAACGAGGUGCCUGUAAAAGUUCUGUCGAGUAGAGACAUCAUCCCUGAGGCCACCGAUCUCCUUGCGGAGGAUAGGAAAGUGUCUCGGUCCAGAAGCAACGAGGUGACGAUCCUGACGGAAGGUACGGAACCGGAAGAGGACAGUGUCGGUAGUGCAAGCGGAGGAGUUCGCGCCGGCAGCGUAGAGUCGGUGGUCGAAUUACUGGAGUCGAGCAGUCAGGACGGCUCCGUGCUGGAGAGGUUGAGUCCGCUGAGUAGUGGCCCUGGGAGGCAGAGCCUGCUCCUGGAGGAGCAGGAGCGUAAUCGUCACAACGAGAGCCCCGUGAUUCUCGCAGAGAGAUUGAAUAAGCCACCGCCGGCACCGGGACACCAUCAUCAUCAUAGCCAGCAGCAUCCAUUGCAGUACCAUCAUCAUCAUUAUUCGAGUGCCGGCAGUCCCGUAAUUCAGUCGCAGCAUCAAGGCUCCUCGCUAAGGGAAGCGCAGCAGCAGCAGCAUCAACAGCAGCUUCACCACCAGGUGACCAGCAGUCCCCAUCAUCAUCAGCAUCAUCAGCUGAACAACGCUGGCCUGAUAGAAGUACAACAACAGUCCCAUCCAUCUCGGGGCGGCGAUGAAGCCGGCCUCAUGGAGGUGGAAGCAGGGGCUGGUGGUGUUCCGGGUAGCGUAUUGGGCGGCGUCCCGACGGCUGGAAUUCGCGGUGCCGCCUACGGGGACAGCGGUUCCGACAGCGGGGUAAGCUCCCUGAGGAGCGCCGGUUCCGGUGACGAGAGAAGCGGAAGCCGGAGCUCUGCCCUCAGCGCCGAGGAGACUCCAGCGGCGGCGACCCCGGCGCGCGUCUGGCACGUGCAGAGCGUCCAGCACACUUCGCUCCUGAUGGCCCAUCCCCAGGGCCCACCCGCGGCGGCCAGCUCCUCCGGCACGACCUCCGUAGGCUACCAGAGUCCAGCGCCUCCGUCCCAUCAUCAUCCGACAGUUGCCUCAGAGAUGCUUUGGAGACCUCCAAGGUAUCCCCCACUUCCUCAUGCCCUGCUGGCCCCGGCCCAGCCUAGUCCCGAGGAGAUGCUGGAAAGGGACCGUCACGAUAGGAUGCUCCGGGAACGCCGGGAAGCGGAAGUGCGAGAACUGGAAAAGCGGGAACGUGAACGAGAGGCGAAAAUGGAACAGGAGAGGAUAGACAAGCAGAAAGCUGCCGAGCAGGCGGUACACAAACAUUUCGAGGAGUCCUUCAGGUUGGCACAGCAAAAGGUGUCUUAUGCUCCGCAGAGAAACAUGCCGUCAGCCACGAUGGUGUGGAACAGCUACAUCCCUCUGCCGCCGCCAGGAAAUCGGGGCCACGGAGGUCACUCUGGGAUGACUGCGCAUGCUGGUCAUCAUCAUCCCGGACCCGGUGGCGCGGCGCAUCCUGUGACGGUGGCGCAGCAGCAGCAGCAGCAACGCGAACGGGAGGAACGUGAAGCCAGGGAACGGGAACGGGACACUGCGGCCAGGGAACAACGGGAACGGGAACGGGAACAUAUUUCGGAAAGGCUCCACAGGCAGGCCGAGGCCAGGGACCACGUUGCGGCGCAGCAGAGAGCCGCGUACUACGCGGCCACUGCGCCACCUGCGGCUCAACAGGUGUCCCGACCGUCGAGCGUACCUGGUAAAGUGGAAUACCCACCACCGCCGGCACAUUCGCGGACGUCAAAGUCAUCCCUUCCGGUAGGAGGGCUUCACGAGAAGCCUCCGUCGGUCGUCGGUCCACCUCACAGUUCCCUUCCCAAGGCGGAGCCAAACGUCAGUUUGUUUAGUUACUCGAGUUACACGCCUCAACCCUCCUACAUGCAUGAUAUCAAGGUCAAGGGUGACCUCCAGCACAAGCCGCUGCCUGGCAAGAGUUUGGCCAGCAUCGAAAGGGACCAUCACGGUAGGGAUCUUCUGCCAAAUCCACCACCGCUCCUGUCUGAUCACAAGAGCUCAGUGAUCGUGAAGAAUGAGGGCAGGGAUCUGCCAAAGGCACCAGCGCCUCAUUCAUCGAGUCCAAAGAUGAUGCCCUACCUGAACGUCCAGUCGGUCGCACCCCACCACAAACCAGCAGCGUACGAGUACAGAAGUCCGACACAGAGUCCGCAUCAUCUUCAUCACAUGGACAGUCUGCAGGCUGCGAAGAGUAUAUCUCAAAGUCAUCAUCGAGGUGGUACCAGUCAGCUACCGAGUCCUCACGGACAUCCCUCACAUCCUCACAAUCGGCAGUCGCCUCAUGCUCAACAUCCACACCAGCCGCCACAUCCGUCGCCGCCAGAGUCACGAUACCUCGGUAGACCAGAGCCUGGCUUACCCUAUGCCACGCCCAAGACCUCCUAUCCUUACCCACAUCCUCCCACGGCGUCCCCUACUUCCCAUUACACAGCACCGCCGCCAGCAUCGAAACCAAAAGUCAGCAGUCCCGCACCGCCACAUAUUUACGGGAAGCCUAAUUCCGGUAUCAUGACUGGUACGCCAAUAUGUCGAGCUUCGGAACCUGCCGUGCCGGCGCCUCUUCCUUUAACUUCAAAAGCGGGAAGUUCGCCUUACCAACAAGUGCCUCAUCAUCAUGGGGCGCCACCACCACUCCUACCGCCUCCUGCUCACAGCAGUAGGCCCGUCUACGACUCGAGAAGCUACGUAGUUCCUCCGAUAUCAGCAUCGAAAUUACCACCGCCGUUGCACAGUUCACCGCCUACAGCUGCAUCCGCACCACUUCCCUUAUCCCGACCCGUAACGCACCCUGCGCAUCAUGCGAAUCCGCAUCCCAGCCAACAGUUACAUCCUCAGCCAAUGACAGCCUCUAUUCAGACACAACCCUUGGAUCUCGGCGUAGAGAGGUCUGGAUCACCGAAGAGAAAAGCACCCACGCCUAGUGACAACGUGGGUCAGCCAGUGUCCUUGGAAGUCUGUAAAAAGAGGAGAACCGAGGAACCCCAACCGCUGUCACUCCAGUGUGUCGGUCCUCCUGUUUUAUCGAGGGUGAGCGAACCGAGUCCUCUAAUAGCCUCGGCAGCUACCUCCAUCACCACGGUAGUGAACACGGCGCUCCUAGCACAGCCGAAUAGUCAGGCACAGGAGCGUACGGUUAUCUCCGUGAGCCCUGCGCCCAGGACAGCUAGCGGCGAUGGUUCGGUAAGACCAGCGAGUACUGGCAGCGUCAGCUCACUCAAUCCCACCGCCAGUGCUGCGCCAAGUCCUGCACCCAUACCUAGCCCAGCACCUUCGGCCGCACCAAGUCCAGCCCCCAGUGCACCAGGUACCCCAGCCAAGGCGAAUCCUAGUGCAGCGGAUAGUGAAAAAUCCAACAGUCCUGCCCCCAGACCCCCGAGCAGUACCAGUUACCCCGUUCACAAGCUGAAAAAGGCCUGGCUGCAGAGGCAUUCUGGGGAGGACGGUACCGAGGACACUACCGGUGUCGUCGGCAGUGGUUCAUGUGUUACUUUACCAUUGAACAUCGCCCAGGCACCCUCGCAACCAUUAAACAAGGAACGCGAAACCACCUCCACAACGAGCCUACCUAGUGCAGUGAACUCUAUACACAAUAUCGGCAGCAUGGCUGUCAAUAGUAUAAACAAGAGUAAAGUGCCAGGAAAAGGUGGUAGGAAACCAGCCAAUAAAGAGACUCUCAAUGGACACGCGACAGACUCGAAGAGCCUUCAGGAAGACUCAUCCAGCAGCGACCCGGAACGGAAGUCGCCGCCCAAAAGAAAACCACCCAAGGUAAAACGAAAGAAGGGACCUCCACGGAGGCAGCAGGCAGCCGCGGAGGAUCAGCGGAGGCGGAAGGAUGAUAAGCAAAGGGGAGGGGUCGGAGCCGGAAGUGAAUCUAGUAACGAGAGCGAAGCUGGUUCUGCCAGCGACACCAGCGAACAACUUGGUUCCAUCCAGCCUACUUCUCGAGUACGACACAGCACCGCCAAUUCCAACAACUCCUCGGGAAACGGUAACAGUAACAAAGAGCCUAGAAAAAGAGGGAGAAAACCAAAGUCGUCGAAAAACAGUGAAGUUGGAGGUGAAGAUCAACAACCAAGACAAAAAAAGGAAAGAAGGGAUGAGAGUACCAGUGGCGGUGGUAGUGGACCAGGAGGUGGAGGGAGAGGCGAUCCAAUUCCUAAACCACCGAUAUCGCAGCUGAAAAAAACUGGAGAAAGUUGGCUUCAAGACGGUCCCUGCUUUGAGGUUGCACCCAAGUUGGCCAAGUGUCGUGAAUGUCGCUGGACACCCCAUCAGCGCUCGAAAAACCUCCCACAGAACAUCUUCUGCAGGUUUUAUGCAUUCCGUAGACUCCGUUACACGAAAAACGGAAUGGUGGCGAUUGCGGGAUUCAGCGAUCCGCACACAGAUGCCUCCGAGGAAGACCUGCGUCUCUGGCUGCCAGGAAAGGAUUGUCAGGAUGCGAUAGGGAAGGAUGAAAAAUCAGAUAAAAGUGAAAAAGAAAAGUCUGGCCGCGGUGAUAGGGAAGAUCUGGAUUUGGAAAUGGCACAUAGACUGCUCCGUCAAGUUGGGGAUCAGUUCUGCGAUCUACUUCAUCAAGAAAAGGAAGCUCAUCAAGAACAUAUAGUCGAAGCGAGUUCCGGGAUUGUAGACAGUACCGUGGCGUGGAAGCGAGUGGUCCAAGGAGUUCGUGAGAUGUGCGACGUCUGCGAAACUACCCUCUUCAACUAUCACUGGGCAUGUGGCAAGUGUGGAUUCGUCGUGUGCAUAGAUUGCUACAAGGGUCGCAAGAAUGGCACGAUAAAGAUCUGGGGCGAAAGUGGAAAGGACAGGGAUGACUUCUCCUGGUUGCUAUGCACGAAUAGACAAGCACACGAACCCGAAAGGCUGAUGCUCACACAAAUAAUCGCCGGAGACAGUCUUCUGCGACUUGGACAACGUCUUCACGAGUGUCGUUCGGAAUGGGGCAUUCCCCAGCACUGUGCAUGUUCAUUGGCCUCUUCGGGGUCGCCUAAUGACAUUCUCAAAAAUAUGAUAAAGGGUGAUUCAAUGGCAGGUCUCAACGGAAAUAUCAAGCAGGAAGUUAAGGACGAGAAGAAGGAUAAUGAGACCAAUGGCUCCACAGAAAAUAAAGCUAAUGGCGAGGAUAAGAAUUCACCGCUUAAUUGGUUAGCAGACGUUGCCCUUCAGAAUCAGGAUAAAAACGAUACUGGCUCCAGUUCAGAUUCCGACGAAGAUCGUGAUGGAAAUUACUCUACGUUACGUGAAUUACUCAUAAGGCCGUCACAUAAACCUAACGGCAGCGGUUCGCGGUCGAACUCUCCAACGAAUAAUUCCGGAAACUCAAACUCCACCACCGGAAAUGCAACGCAGAACAACGUUGCCAAAACUGGGAAGAAAUCGAAAAUGGACACCCUUGACGAAGUUAUCUCCAGUGUGAUCGAGCACAGUGUGAAAAAGGAGAGGGAGAGUGGACUGGACGGUGAUGAGAAACCGCGAGAACUUAAGCAUUUUGUACGACGUUAUAAGUGGACGCAGAGAGGUCGUGAACCUUUGCCAAUCCGGAUCAUGACCCUCACCGAGAGUACGGGUCUUUAUCCUGACGUUCCUCAUUCCUGGCUGUGUGACGGGAAACUCCUAAGGCUUAACGAUCCGAACAAUCCAAAUAACUAUAGGAUAUUUCAAGAUCAGUGGAAACGUGGACAACCGGUCAUUGUAUCUGACGUCUCUAAAGCCCUGGAUAUAGAUCUGUGGCAUCCUGACUCUUUCGCCCGGGACUUUGGCGAUGAAAAGAACGAUCUUGUCAAUUGUAUGACGGGUAAUCUCGUGCCCAAUCAACCGAUGCGCAAGUUCUGGGAAGGAUUCGAACACUUCUCGAAAAGGCUCAAGGAUGAAAGAGGAAAUCCGAUGCUCCUCAAGCUAAAGGAUUGGCCUCCUGGUGAAGACUUCGCUGAAUUACUACCUUCGAGGUUUGCUGAUCUGAUGAAGGUUCUUCCGUUAUCGGAGUACACACAUCGGAAUGGCAGACUUAACCUUGCUAGCCGAUUACCUGACUGUUUUGUUAAACCAGAUUUAGGACCUAAAAUGUACAACGCCUAUGGUUCGGCACUACAUCCUAAUAAAGGUACCACCAAUCUUCAUCUGGACAUUUCCGACGCCGUAAACGUUAUGGUGUACGUCGGCAUUCCCAAGGACGGCGACAACGAUGAACAUGUCAAAGAGGCGCUAAGAGCGAUUGACGAAGCAGGCUGUGAUAUUUUAACACGUCGACGAGUUCGUGAACGUGGUGAGGCACCAGGUGCCUUAUGGCACAUCUAUGCUGCCCGAGAUGCAGAUAAGAUUCGAGAUCUCCUGAACGCUGUGGCACUGGAACGUGGUGCACGACUUGAGCCACAUCACGAUCCUAUUCACGAUCAGAGCUGUUACCUCGACGGGCCACUCCGGGAACGUCUCUACAGGGAAUACGGUGUCGAAGGGUAUGCCAUAGUGCAAUGCCUAGGGGAUGCUGUUUUCGUGCCGGCCGGUGCACCGCAUCAGGUCCGCAAUCUUCACAACUGCAUUAAGGUCGCAGAAGACUUUGUGUCCCCGGAGAACGUCUCGCACUGUUUUCAUCUAACCCAAGAGUUCCGUGCAUUGUCCGACACGCACACCAACCACGAGGACAAGCUCCAAAUUAAGAAUAUUAUUUACCACGCGGUGAAGGAUUCACUAACCGUUCUGGCCAACGUUAAGGAUGAGACCCUCUCUAAGCUCAAGACCAACAACGAGGUCAAAGUUAAGGAAGCGACGUAGCGCUAGGCCCCACGUCGUGAUCGCAAGAUCCAUUGAUAUAAUUGUUCCGACUAAACCUUGCUCCCAGCAAGUGAUAGUCUUUAUCCCAGUGUUGAAGCACAUUCAAGCCAGCUCCUGGUACUCCGGAAAGGGUUCCAGAUAGUUCCAGGCACCACGUGCAACAGAAUGAAGCGGAGGAGAGAAGAAUACGCCGGAAGAGACGCUUCGUAGACGACGCCGACGGGCCGGAAGUUUGUUGUGAUAUUCGACGAGUAGCUUCAGAGAUAGUUUUUUUGAUUUUCAAAUUGGCUGAGCCAAUGAGAGUUAUUCGUUGUGUCUUAUCGUUUGAGGUGUUUCCAAUACUAUACUUUUUCUUUUUCUCUCAUUCUCUCUAUCUCUCUCUCUCUCUCUCUUUCUCUCUUGAUAAUAUUUUCUAUCUUCCCCGUCCUUUGUUUUUUUUCUUUUUUUUUUCUGGGAAAGAGGAAAAUAAAAAAAUGUUAUCGGAUAAUGAAAUCCGCGAGAUUUUCGUUUAAAACCUUUGGACGCGUUAGGUUCUCCAAUAAACUCGCGCGUCCAUUACCAUUGUGAUACCAGAGGGACUUUGGAUCAUACAUUGUUUGUAAUUAAUUAUAUCGUGCCUGUAUCCAAUACACACUGUCUAUACUAUGUGAAUGUAGAUAAUUGAUACUAUGUAACAAAUUCCUAUUAGCGAUUGCGAAGAGGAUUGUCUAAGGGGGUGAAGAAUAAUUUGUGCAAUUAGACGUCGUCAUCGUCUGUAAGCUGGAUCAGUGCUGUGUUGAAUGAUCCCGCCUCGUGUGCUCUCAUGGUUCGGUGUUCUCGGUGUUGUUAUUCGGAUUCAGCCAAGGAAGAAUGUACAGUUACACGCGCGACAAACAAUAUACACAUCAGUGUUGUGAGGCGCUUGGAAGAUAAAGUAAAAAAUGGAACACGGUGCGCAGGCGAUUCUCACAGUUCUCUUUUAAGCGCUGUGAACAGUUCUAAAUACACUGCCUUUUAGCUCGCAAAAUUCCACGCGUGGAGUAAAGAAGCGACGCAAUGCAAACUCAAUAAAAAAAAAUGAAAAAAAAAAAAAACAUUGAGUUUGCAACAAUGUUGAAUUUGAACUUCUCGUUAUGAACAAAAGAAGUACCGUCCGUAAUAAAGCCGAGCGCUGCUCGUAAAUUAGUACGAGAUCUGUUUUUUUUUUGUUUUAGCAGUUAUUUUCAUAAAAUUGGAUGCUAUCGAGCAAAUCCAAGAAUACUUCUACGCUUCAAAGAUCUUUCGCGUGACCAUUUAAAACAAACGGCUUUUUCUCGAUGUUGCAUUAUAGAAGAGUGUAUGGGGGCGGACAGUAAAAUUAUUGUGAAAGAAUGGAAAGUUUUGUUUUUGUCGAAUCGCAUGCGAACCGUCCGGUGGAUGGUGUAGCUAACAGAGAUUAAAGAAAGAAUAAUGAGGUGGUAUUGAUGGAGACGAAUGAAGAACACAAUAAUCUAACUUUAUAGUAGCAAUAACGAUAACUACGAUAACAUUAUUUAACGAAAGCUACAAGGUGUAUGUAGCAAUUUUCAAAGUGCCAAUGUUGAACGGUGUUUCGGACAUGAUUAAGAUGAUCAUGAAGCUGAUUAUAUUGCUGAGGACGAUAAAUUGCCGUGAGUCGUACGAGUAGUUAGAGAGAGAGAAAAAAUCGAUAAAAAAAUUAAUAACGAAAAGUUUAUGAGCGUGACAGGCCGAGUUCCUAUAUUUGUGAACGGCAUUUCCGCAAAUGGAAAAUAACGAAAAUUGAUGAACGUAGUGGCACUACAAGAUUUUCUAAAAUUUCAAUUUGCAAAUCUUUUCUUUUUCGUUCCUUCGAAGCCGCGGUUUAUAAUUUUUUUUUUUUUUUCCGGAAAUCUUCAUACAAUUAGGAACUCCGUCUUGCCGUUUGCAUCGAGCCGAGUUGGAGCAGCUUUGGCAAAUUUUUAUUCAGCCUGUUCAAGUUCGACGACACGAUUUUGCAUCACGACGCGUGUAUCUGUCAUAUAUUCAUUGCUCGUCACCAUCCUCGUUUGUGAAAUUCACAGGGCGUGUUGCGUGGAGUCAAGCGAGGAGUAACAAACGCAGAAAGAAAACCCGAACAUAAAUUCAAGACGAAGAAGGAAUGACAGAACGAGUUAAACAAAAAAUACUGGAAUCCUGAAAUUUGCAAUUUCUUUGAUCUCAAUAUUUGUCUAGCAUACAACGACUUGAUUAAAUAAUAUUUAAACGAGUAAAUUUUAACGUAACUUAGUGUUAAUAACUACGUUAAUAUUAUCGAAGUUAUAAGCAACAACAAAAAAUACCCCUAUUACCUACGAAAAAAAGAAAAGAAAAAAAACGGGCGGUGUAUAAAGUUCUAGUUGCGUACCUUGUGUAUUACUACUUGCUGCUGGCGAAAAAAAAAAAAAAGAAAACCCUAUUCGUUCUCCUUGCUAAAUGUAUAUAUACAUAUAUUUACAUGCAUAUAUGUAUACAUAUACAUAUACAUAUAUAAAUAUGAAAAUCGUAGGUUUAAGGGAUGCCACUUGAUCCAACUCCCCUCAUACACACAGGCGUGCACGCGGAUACAAAGGAGAAAUACACUUCACACGCGUAGAUAGAUAGUCUAUUAUUUUAUUAAUAUUAUUAUCAUUAUUAUUAUAUAAUAAUAAUUAUCAUCAUUACAAUUAAUGAUUACGAAGAAUAUGAUAUUUAAAUGUUGCUGAAUGUGUCGACUAGGACGUGUAAGAGAGAGGGAGAGAAUGUGGAUGUGCGUGUAAAUCCGCAUAUACGUCGAGCGAAUGGGGUGACAUGUGGAGUCGAGGAUUAAAUGUAAAAAAAAAAAGAAGGAAAUGUGUAACGAGGGUAGGAAUGCGUGGUGAGUGAUUGGGAAGAAUGUGAAGAGAGCGCGAGGGCCGUGUAUUGGGGGCGGAGUGGAAUGGAUGAGACAAUGUACAGCCCUUAGAGAUCCUUAAGAAGCCACCCCCAGUGUCCCUUACCAACCCACCACCGGCCGCCCCCAGUCAUAGGAUUUAUGAACCGCGGGCCGGCGGGUUUGAGUAUAAUUUUUUGUACUGUGUAAAUGUAAGAACAUACGUUUGAAUAAGAAAAAUGUUUAUAUUAUGAAAA